AUGCAGGCAACGUUGCACUUCCGUUUUCCUAAUCGACAAAAUCCGAAGGAGCCACGCGAUGUGUCGGUGCGUGUCCUUUUACAGGCGGCGGAGCAGCGACCGAAAGCGACAUUGAACUUCUUCUUUAUGUGCACGGGCCAGCUCCCUUCAACGGAUGUGUUGAACAGCUUUGGUAUUGCAGCUGGUGAACUCUCGGCGACGUCCGUGGGCGGUGGGCUGCGCUCCUCAGGGUUGAAGCCCUUUGCGGAGAGCGCUGUUGUGCGCAUCGAGAAGAAUGUCAUGAUGGAGAUUGGCAGCAGCAUGACGAAAACCAUCUUUGGUGGCUUCAUUGAAGACGAACCACAAAAAGGGAAACAGUCGCACCCUUCUUCUUCCUCCUCCUCCUCUAUUUCCACUGCCGCCCACUCGACCCAUGCCGCUGGCAUGCAGCAGCUUCGCGCAGGCACACUACUCAUCGGUAACGUUGGGUCGCCAAACACAAACGGAAGCCGUUAUUACAUUCUUCUACAGGACGUUGUUACGGAAAAACAGCGUCAAGAGUUAAGUGUUUAUCAGCCCCUUGGAAUGGUCGUCGCAGGGUUACAGGCUCUCUGCGAGGCGUGUGGAUCGGCCGCAGUCCAGCCACGCACACUUGCGCCCCUGCAAGCCGUGCCGAUAUGGGUGUCUGAGGUACGCCUUCAGCAUCGAGCACCCACUCCCAGCUCUUGCAUAAAUAUACAGUCGGGGGAGGUAGCGAUGGCAACACAAGGGAAAGGAAAGGGAAGGGAAAGAGUAGUGGUGGCACGCAUGGCAGGUCACACACGUCGGCGUGAUGAGGUGGAAGCGGAGGAAGAGGCAGAUGCGGGGGGCAGCGGUCCCGCUGCGAGAGCGGCACAAGGCGGCUUUUUCAACCUCUCACUCACUUUUCCAAAACGGUCUGAUGAAGAGAAGCAAGGCGUCAAUGGAUCACAGGCGAAACGGAUGCGCACAGAGCGUUACGUGACGACCGCCGAUGGAGCGAAGGCCCUGCGCACAACAGCGGUGGAGCGGGGAGAAGGCGAGCCGUUUGACUACUUUGCGGCGCAGGAGAUUGCGUUUGUCAACGAUGUGAACAUCAUCGCUGAGACGCAGGCGGCACGUCAACAACGCCGCCGUGGAAAACAACAACAACAAAAGAGGAGAACCGUGAGAAAAUUUGGGUUGGGCGGAUCCAUGAAAACGAGUAAAAGCAAUCAGGGAACAGACCGUACGGCGGUGUCGAAGAAAAAGACGCUUUUACGCCGAUACUAA